AUGAAAACUGUUUAUAGAAUAUUCUUGGUGGUUGUAAUUGUUGUGUUUUGUUUGGUUUUUACUAUUUCGACGUUGCCAGAAUUUUCCAUCAAGUUUGGAGCGACUGGGGCUUUUGAGGCGGCUGCAUGUUUGAAUUUGCCGCCUAAUCAGCAUGUCCAUCCGGUGGGUUUUUCAAAAAUAUUUUUUUUAGAUCAUUCAAAACUUUUGGAAACCCGUUUUAUCUGAAAUUUCGUUCAAUUAAUUCAAAACUACAUAUAUUUUCUAAUUUAAAAUUAUAAAUUCUUUGUAGUUCGAAAAUUUAUCAGAUAUGAAUGCUCAGCUUUCAAAAUCUUCCAAACCUGAUCCCUACCUCAUUUUUUUUUGAAUUCAGAAUGCUCUCAAUGCCUAUAUAUUUUUCUUUUCAUUAAAAAUCUCAAUUUGAACCUGUCACUCUUCUUUUCGGAAGCUACCGUAACCCAUUGUGUUAUUACUUCCUUUGUUUGAAAAACUGAUUCCAAUUUCAUUUUCAAUUUCAAUUGUCAAAUAGAAAAAACAACACACUCAAUCAAUCUUCCUCAACAUGUCGGUUUUUUAAUUUCCAGGUUUUUCUGGCGCAAGGUCCAAAGCUCGAAAAAUACCCCCAACCAAUUUAUCUGCCAAAUAAAACCAAUCAGUCAAUCUCGAUAAAUUGUAAAUAUUUGAGACAAAAAACUGUGAUCGUAAUACAUUCCGAUAUAAAUGAUACUAAUUGGAGAGACUAUCAAAGAUCACUAGUUAGCAAAGAUUGGUUGAAUUAUGUAAGAAUUAUCUGGUUUCUGACUUCUUCACUGCAAAAUUGAGUUUUUUAGAACAACGCUAUUCUAUAUUUCGUGGUUGGAAGUAGAACAAAUAUUACAAUUUCAUCUGAAAAUCAGAAAUAUGGUGAUAUUUUACAAUCUGAUAUUGAUGAAACAUAUCAUAAUAUUUCAUACAAGGCAAUUUUUUGGAUCAAAGAAUUCUCGAAAUGUGAGGAAACCCCAAAUCUGAUCAUUAAACUUGACGACGAUGUUCAUGUAGAUCUUAUCGGAUUGACAUUUCUGAUUCAAAGGUAGGUCAAAACUAUUUUUGGUAUUUUUUAAUAGAAGGGAAGGAAAGUGAAAGGAACACUGUGAAACAAUUUUCGUCCAAUUUUAGAAAAUCAAAAAAAAAGUGAUUUGCCAACUUAUUUCAGAUAUUCAAAACAAGAUGAUUUUAUUGCAUGUCGAGUUUUCCCACAUGGAACAGUUGUCCGAAAUCCGCUAUCAAAAUGGUAUUUAUCAAAAAAAGAGUACAAAUAUAAUGAUUUGGGGACAUAUUGUCAAGGAAUGGCAUAUUUGUUUAGUGGGAAUUUAUUGAAAACUUUCAGCUCGAACAUUGCAAAAAGGCAAAUUUUAUGGGUAUGUUUUAAUUACCCUUUUCCCUCAUUCGAGUUCGUUUUUUUAGAUGGAUGACUGGUAUGUGACUAGGUCGUUAGUUGGAGACCAAAAAAUCAGCUAUUAUUCGUUAGACCAACAUAUGCUUUCUACAAAUUCAGAAAAUGAGCUGAAACAGAGGUUAUUGAAUUUGAAACACAAAAAAUUUCGAACGAUUUUCGCUCACUUCAGGCCAUCCCAAAGGUUUUUUAUUGUUUCUCUGAAAAAUUUGAAUAACUAAAAUUGUUUGCAGUUACCCAAUGGAUAAACGAAAACAAAUCUGGUCGGAAAUCAUCUCAAAUAAUAAUCAAUGCCGGUAA